AAUACAGGUAAGAGUGAUUUCGGGGGCAAACAGACUGGCGUUGGAGUCAAUGUCGGGCCAUUCUUUCAAAUGGAUUUGAACAACAAGAAGGAGCCCCUGGGCUUCGGGGAACGGGCUCUCAAUUUAGGCCUAAACGUGUUGAACGGUUUGGUUCGGGUGAACAUCCAGAGGGAUGGCAACCGAUUCACCGGCAAAAGGGGUCCAAUACUUGUGGAGGUGGGCGGACACACCGUCUACAGCAACGGCUACAAGAAGUAGUCGCCACCACAGCGUGGGAUCAAUUAACAGACCUCUCAAUAGAUACUUAAGAAAGUUAUGUAAAGUUUGCGAUUAAAAUGAGUCAAAAAUAGCCCAA